AUGGGCAAGAAAUCUGCUGAGGAGAUGACUGAGGCAGCAGGUCGUGUGGUGUACCACGAGGACACAAAGAACCGACACACCCUCAAUAUAAAAAACCUGAAGAAAAAUGACUCGGCAGAAUACAUAUUCAGACUUACAACAAAGGGAGGAGGACCUAAACAAUCAGGCUUCUCUGUAGUUCUAUUGAUUGUCACAGGGCUGAAGGUGAAGUUUACUCCUUCUGCAGUGGUGACAGAGGACCAGAGAGUCACACUGACCUGCAGCACCAGCUGUCCUCUGACCGACAACACAAACUACAUUUGGUUCUUCAACAGUCGACCUCUGACCCUGACAGAGAACCAAAACAAACACCUGGUUCUAGACCCAGUCAGCAGUCAGCAUGCAGGAAACUACUCCUGUGCUGUCAACACCCAGACAGACCUCAGAUCCCCUGAAGAGACUCUUGCUGUUGAAGAUGGAACAGGAGCAGCAGGAACUCACAGUGUGAUCUGCUGA